AUGGCGGCCGCAACGACACCGCGCCUCCUCUCGACGCCACGGCAGCUCAUGACGGCGGUCCUCAACGUCCCAACGAGCUUUGGCGUCUCUGACAGCGCAAGAGAAAACCACCGGCGCGUCGACGUCACCGCCAAGAGCGCGGAUGCCGAGGCGCCGUUCUUGGAGCUGCACUCGGACAUUGACGUGGCAUUGUGGCAAGGCGCGUGCUGGGCACUACUGCAGUCGGACUCUGUGAGCCGCACCCGAACGGUCGUCCCACUACUGGAUCGGCUGCUGGAUGUUCGCUCGAUGACGCCGCUGGCGCCACGCCCGCUCGUGUCCGCGUCCGAGGUUCGCCGCCUCGUCGACCCUGUCGCGGCCAAAGCGACGUUCAUGUACAACCCGUUCGAGGCAAAAACGACGGCGUCGGCAACGACCGAAUCGUACGUCUACGCGCUCGGUGAUCUCGUGGGCAUAGACGUCGAGGCAGCCAACCCACUGGACAUUGCACUGGUGCUGCCGCAGCUGCAAGCGUACUGCAGCGGCCACAUGCUCGCCUACCCCGCCGCCGCGAGUCUCACAGCGCGCCAAGAGCGUGUUUCGGUGCUCUUGACGCUGCGCCCUCAAGCUGUCGGCGACCUUGUUCUCGAAGGCAUCGACUGCGUCUUGCCCCAGCAAACGCUCCAGUACCGCUUGCCCCGGCCCGUGGGCCUGCAGGUCGUCGAUGCGAUCGCGCUGGCCGACUGGAAAGGCGCCGAUGGACCCGUGACGCUCUUCGCCAACGAAGACCGCGUGCUGCCCAUCUCGCUGCGCAACGCAUCAACGGCCCAAAGCAUGGACGACGUGACGCUGCUUUUGUCGGUGCACCGGCAGACCGACGGGUUCCAUGCCCCGGCCACGACCAUACGCGCUCUCGGUGCCCCGGGUCGCGUUGCCAUCUCUGAUUUUACCAUUGCUUGGGACGCCGUCGCACUAAACUCGGACCGACGGCUGCCGCCUCAAGAGACGCUGCUUCUGCCAUUGCGUAUCGAGUCGACGCGGCCCGACGUUGUCGACGUCAAGCUGCGCGCCUUGUACCGCGGGCGAGACCCCGCGUGGUACCGCGAAAGCACAAGUGUGCUCCGCGUGCACGUGCGCGCCGGUGUCUCGGUCCUCGGCGCUCCGUCGCCCGGUGGCGUCGCUGUCUGGAAUGCUGCCGACGUUCCGUUCCGUAUCAAUGGAGCGGUCAUUGCGCCGCAAAGUGUCACGAACGUGGCGUUGCCGUCCCCCGCGUGCCAACAUCUGCCGUGGGAAACGACCGAGGGGAGCGCCAGCGGCACGCUGCUGGUACCCGAGCGACCACCGGUGCCCGAGGCGCCCGCGUCCAUUGCGCUGACCACCGACACAGGUGGUGCAUGGAAAAUCGGGGCCUUUUACGAGGUUCGCGUCGCAACGUCAGUCGAAAGCAGUGUGAAUCCCGAGCUGGUUGUGACAAUCACCGUGGCGGAUGCGAUGACAAACCAACCAGUAUCGGCCGCGACGUGCUUGCUGGCAGGCGCGCUGGAGUACACCGUGCUUGAUCCGAUCCACGUGCAUGUCCUCCAGGUGGCGUUCUUACACACAGGUCAGUUUCGAGUGUCGGCCACGGGACCGAUUGGACCGAUUGACUCGAUGUGUGCGUCCAUGACAGUUCACGUCGCAGCAGCCGACGCGAUUGACAACUUCAACACGGUUGAAUGAUGAUGACACA